AUGGCUUCCCUUAGUGUUUUGGAUUUGUUCAAUGUGAAGGGGCGCGUUGCGGUUGUGACCGGUGGGAGCAGUGGAAUAGGAUUGAUGAUUUCCAAGGGACUGGUUCAAAAUGGAGCUAAGGUUUAUCUGGUCGCACUACCAAGUGACCCCAUCGCGGAGGUAGUCGAGGAACUCAACAUAUUGGGACAGGAAACGGGUGGACAAGCCGAAGGGAUACCCUGCGAUAUCUCAUCAAAGAACUCCAUUAAAGAGCUUGGCGAGAAAAUCUCUCAAAAAGAAAAAACACUAGAUAUGCUCAUCUCCAACGCUGGAAUCCGCCGCGAUCCCCCACAAUCCUGCAAUGUUCUUACCGCGCCACUGGAAGAACUCCAAGCCUCAAUGUGGUCUCUCCCACAAGAAGACUGGGAAAAUACUUUCCGUGUCAACACCACCGCCCAUUAUUUCCUCAGUAUUGCUCUUCUGCCACUACUUGCCGCAGCUGCCGACCAGCCGAUAGGCGAUGGACGCAAGGGUCGAGAUGAAGGCCGAGGAGUGAUUGUUGUUACAAGUUCUUGUGCGAGUAUGCACAAUGUGACAAAUGUGGAUUUGACAAGCUAUGCGACAAGCAAGGCAGCCACCGACCACCUGGUCAAGUUGCUGGCAGCGAAAUAUAAUCGAUUUUACGUGCGUGUUGUCGGCAUUAACCCUGGAUUUGUUCCGAGUAAUAUGAAUCCCGUUGGCGCGGAAGGGAAUGUCUUCAGCUCCUUGUUUGAUAAGGUUCCGGCGAAGAGGGCGGGUUGUUCUGAAGAUAUUGCGGGGACGGUAUUAUAUUUAGUGAGCAAGGCGGGGGCAUAUGUUGAUGGGGUCUCACUCUGUGUGGACGGUGGUCGAAUCUUGCUAGCGAAUGGGCAGGAGUGA